AUGAGGUUCUUCCUGCUCUGCGCCUACAUGCUGCUGCUACUGAUUUCCCAGUUGAGGGCAGUCAGCUUUCCUGAAGAUGAUGAACCCCUUAAUACUGUUGACUAUCACUAUUCAAGGCAAUAUCCGGUUUUUAGAGGACGCCCUUCAGGCAAUGAAUCACAGCACAGGCUGGACUUUCAGCUGAUGUUGAAAAUUCGAGACACACUUUAUAUUGCUGGCAGGGAUCAAGUUUAUACAGUAAACUUAAAUGAAAUCCCCAAAACAGAAGUCAUACCAAACAAGAAACUCACAUGGCGGUCAAGGCAACAGGAUCGAGAAAACUGUGCUAUGAAAGGCAAGCAUAAAGAUGAAUGCCACAACUUUAUUAAAGUGUUUGUUCCAAGAAACGAUGAGAUGGUUUUUGUUUGUGGCACCAAUGCGUUUAAUCCCAUGUGUAGAUACUAUAAGUUGAAUACCUUAGAGUAUGAUGGAGAAGAAAUUAGUGGCCUGGCAAGAUGCCCAUUUGAUGCCAGACAAACUAAUGUUGCCCUUUUUGCUGAUGGGAAGCUGUAUUCUGCCACAGUGGCUGACUUCUUGGCCAGUGAUGCUGUUAUUUAUCGAAGCAUGGGUGAUGGAUCUGCUCUUCGUACAAUAAAAUAUGAUUCCAAAUGGAUCAAAGAACCACACUUUCUGCAUGCCAUAGAAUAUGGAAACUACGUCUAUUUCUUCUUUCGAGAAAUUGCUGUAGAACAUAAUAACUUAGGCAAGGCUGUCUAUUCCCGUGUGGCCCGCAUAUGUAAAAACGACAUGGGUGGCUCCCAGCGGGUCCUGGAGAAACACUGGACUUCGUUUCUGAAGGCUCGGCUUAACUGUUCUGUCCCUGGAGAUUCCUUUUUCUACUUUGAUGUUCUGCAGUCUAUUACAGACAUAAUACAAAUCAAUGGCAUUCCCACGGUGGUAGGGGUGUUUACCACACAGCUCAACAGCAUUCCUGGUUCUGCAGUCUGUGCGUUUAGCAUGGAUGACAUUGAAAAAGUAUUCAAAGGACGGUUUAAAGAACAGAAAACUCCAGAUUCUGUUUGGACAGCGGUCCCUGAAGACAAAGUACCAAAGCCAAGGCCUGGCUGUUGUGCAAAGCAUGGUCUUGCCGAAGCUUAUAAAACCUCCAUCGAUUUCCCUGAUGAAACCCUGUCAUUCAUCAAGUCCCACCCCCUGAUGGACUCGGCCGUCCCACCCAUUGCCGACGAGCCCUGGUUCACAAAGACUCGGAUCAGGUACAGACUGACGGCCAUCGCUGUCGACCAUUCUGCCGGACCCCACCAGAACUACACAGUCAUCUUUGUUGGCUCAGAAGCUGGCGUGGUGCUUAAAGUUUUGGCGAAGACCAGCCCUUUCUCUUUGAAUGACAGCGUAUUACUGGAAGAGAUUGAAGCAUACAACCAUGCAAAGUGCAAUGCUGAAAAUGAGGAGGACAGAAAGGUCAUCUCAUUACAGUUGGAUAAAGACCAUCAUGCUUUAUAUGUGGCGUUCUCCAGCUGCGUUAUCCGCAUCCCCCUCAGUCGCUGUGAGCGUUAUGGAUCAUGUAAAAAGUCUUGUAUUGCAUCUCGAGACCCAUACUGUGGCUGGUUAAGCCAAGGGGCCUGUGGCCGAGUGAGCCCAGUGAUGCUUGCUGGAGGAUUUGAACAAGACACAGAAUAUGGCAACACGGCCCAUCUAGGGGACUGCCACGAAAUUUUGCCUACUUCAACUACACCAGAUUACAAAAUAUUUGGCGGUCCAACAUCUGACAUGGAGGUAUCUUCAUCUUCUGUUACCGCAAUGGCAAGUAUCCCAGAAAUUACACCUAAAGUGAUUGAUACCUGGAGACCUAAACUGACCAGCUCCCGGAAAUUUGUAGUUCAAGAUGACCCAAACACUUCUGAUUUUACUGAUCCUUUAUCAGGUAUCCCAAAGGGUGUACGAUGGGAAGUCCAGUCUGGAGAGUCCAACCAGAUGGUCCACAUGAAUGUCCUCAUCACCUGUGUCUUUGCAGCUUUUGUCUUGGGUGCGUUCAUUGCCGGUGUGGCAGUCUACUGUUACCGUGACAUGUUUGUUCGGAAAAACAGAAAGAUCCAUAAAGAUGCAGAAUCUGCCCAGUCAUGCACAGACUCCAGUGGAAGUUUUGCCAAGCUGAAUGGUCUCUUUGACAGCCCUGUCAAGGAAUAUCAACAAAAUAUCGAUUCUCCCAAAUUAUAUAGUAACCUGCUAACCAGUCGGAAAGAGCUGCCACCCAAUGGAGAUACAAAAUCCAUGGUCAUGGACCAUCGAGGCCAACCCCCUGAGUUGGCUGCUCUCCCCACUCCUGAGUCUACACCUGUGCUUCACCAGAAGACCCUGCAGGCCAUGAAGAGCCACUCAGAAAAGGCCCAUGGCCAUGGAGCUUCGAGGAAAGAACCCCCCCAGUUUUUUCCUUCUAGUCCUCCACCCCAUUCCCCACUAAGUCACGGGCAUAUCCCCAGUGCCAUUGUUCUUCCUAAUGCUACCCAUGACUACAACACUUCUUUCUCAAACUCCAAUGCUCACAAAGCUGAAAAGAAGCUUCAAAACAUUGACCACCCUCUUACAAAGUCAUCCAGUAAAAGAGAUCACCGGCGUUCUGUGGAUUCCAGAAAUACUCUCAAUGAUCUCCUGAAGCAUCUAAAUGACCCAAAUAGUAACCCCAAAGCCAUCAUGGGAGACAUCCAGAUGGCCCACCAGACCCUAAUGCUGGAUCCCGUGGGACCUAUGUCUGAGGUCCCGCCCAAGGUCCCUAACCGCGAGGCAUCUCUCUACUCUCCUCCCUCGACUCUUCCCAGAAAUAGCCCAACCAAGCGAGUGGAUGUUCCCACCACUCCUGGAGUUCCGAUGACUUCUUUGGAAAGACAGAGGGGUUAUCAUAAAAAUUCCUCCCAGAGGCACUCUAUAUCGGCUAUGCCUAAAAACUUAAGUUCACCAAAUGGUGUUUUGUUAUCUAGACAGCCUAGUAUGAACCGUGGAGGGUACAUGCCCACGCCUGCAGGGGCAAAGGUGGAUUAUAUUCAGGGAGCACCAGUGAGUGUUCACCUACAGCCUUCCCUCUCCAGACAGAGCAGCUACACCAGUAAUGGCACCCUUCCCCGGACGGGACUAAAGAGGACACCGUCCUUAAAACCUGACGUGCCACCAAAGCCUUCAUUUGUUCCUCAAACCACCUCCGUCAGACCACUGAACAAAUACACUUACUAG